AUGACAGUCCCAUCCAAAUGGAGGACAGGAAGUGAUGAAGAACUUCUUCUCAGGCUAAAGGCCCAAGAAAUAAUAGGAGAAAAGGUCAAGGGCAGAUGCUCAGAGAGCACAGAGGCUCAGGGGAAGCCACUGCUGCCAAGGCCAAACCCAAAACUUUUGCCAAAAACAGUGAAGUCACCAACUUCGGAUGAGGUCACCGAAGUCUGUAGGAGUGCAAUGUGGCAGAAGAAGGAGCCUAGUAAGGAGAACCCACAAAUGAGCGGGCAACCAUCAACACCAGGCCCCAUCUUAGGCGAUAAAUGGCCCUCCUCGGUCACUUCACCCAGGCAAAGGAUAAGUGGAAGUAACCUUCUGCAAAACCCCUCCAGUAAUGCUGGAGAGAACCAAACAAACCCUCGUGAAAACUUCACAAGGAAAACUUCCAGCAAAACAUUGCUGGAGGAUAACGGGCACCUCGAAAGAUGGCACCACAAGGCCACACGGAUGGCCAAACUUCUAACUUUCGCCCUGCACAUAGACAGGGUGAAGUGGGACUGGUCAAAUAAUGGUCCUACUCGACUCCCUGACACGAAGUGGUCAGGCAAAAACAAUACAGAAAUUUUCUGGCAGUGGUACACCACACUGCUAGGAUUCCUCACAUCACGAGGAUCUAGAGGUGCACACUACGAUGAAAUCCAUCUGGAUUGUCUCAUUGGUGGAUUGGCAGAGCCUGCACUCUCACACGGACUAAAACUCUGUGAAGAAGCCCUCCUUAGAGAUAAAGGGGGGAAAUUUCUUGAAGUUCUCGAUACUCUAAUGAGGACAUAUAUCAAGGAGCCCGCCACAUUGAAGGUGACGGAAAAAUACUGCAGUGUAAAGUACAAUGCAGGAAAAGGACCCAGACAGUCCUACCCAGAACCAUCGCUUAAUGCUAGGUUUCUGGAAAACAUCCUCCCUGAAUGCAAGGAGGAAAUAAUCAAAAUGGGAUCCUCCUCUUUCGAGGAGAUGUUCAGAACAACAUCUCGCAUGGAUGAGAUGAAAAACAGGCUGAGGAUAGCUCCAGCCUACAGGCCAGAAUGCUAUGCCAGACCUGAAACCACUGCGACCACAAAUCGCGAAAAGCCCAACCAGAUGGGAAAGGAGAAACAUGCAGAGGCAAGAGCCAAUGUGCAAGACCCUAAACCCAAAUGGAAAGGCAAAUCCUCCCUGAAGCAGUCAGGGAACACCGACCAAAGGCCGGUACAAGUAUGCAAUAAUUGCAGAAUACCAGAGCAGACAAAGAGCCGCCCUGAGCACCAGUUAGUAGGAGACAGAAACCCAAGGCACAGGAUCGCCAGGGAAGUCGACUACAAAACAGAAGGUGAAGUCGGAGACGACUCCAAUGAAGAAGAACCAGAGAAUAUCUCUGGUGAUUUCGAAGUGGAGGACACCUCCAAUGACUUUGAACCAGAGGACCCAAACAAGGGACCUCACUACUCGCCCAGAAGAAAGGAAGAAACCACCCCGGAGUCUCCAGAAGAAGAUGAGCUCUGGGUGGAGUUUAUACUCGGCUGGCUAGCGGCCACAAUCCGCCCUCUCCCCAGUAGAAAUACUGGGCUGCAUCACGCACGAUUGGCCGACAAGGCCAAUCAGCCCUCCUCGUACCUGAAGGGGGACCAAGAAUUGGCAGAUAAGAUCAAGUAG